GUAUUGAACUAAUUUACUUGCAUUGCAAUGCCAUAUACUCCAGUCUCCUCAUACCUCUGAUCCUUGAUCAUCUGCAACUUAACCUCACACAAGCUUUUCUUGUCUACUUGAAGCCUGCAUUGCCGCCUCGGUCACCCUUCCCGUUGAACGGCAUCUAAUCCUAUCCUGCCACAUCAUCGUCCCGGAAUCCUGGGCCCAACCUGUCUGUUCGCCUUCGUCUUACCUUUCGGGCCUCUCAACUACAUCACGCGUUAGGCAACUCUACAGGAUACCUGUUGCCGCCUUGUUCUUGGAAAACCUCACACCCGGCGUAUUCUGACACUGUGGCUACGUGCAGCUUGAUUCAUCUGAACGUAUAAAGCUCAUCAUCUCCUCCCUUGGUGUUCUCAUCAGUCGUCUCAGCUUCGAAUCCGUUCUUGAGUAGGCUUCAUUCGAUCUUUGGUUAGUCAGACCUGGUACGCCAACCUUCUUCAACUCCAACUCUCUAGUCUCAGAAAAAUCAGUUUCUUUAGCCAACUAUCUUACACCAAUCUCCGUCCUGUCAUAAACAAUCCAAAAUCACAAUGGAGGUUCAACCUCACACUCCUACUGGCCCCUGGCAAGAUCAGCUCGACAAUGUUUGCCGAGAUGCUCAGUUGCGUCCCCCGGUUUUUCAAAUUGUGUCAGAUCGUCGAGGUGGCCGAACUGCUUGGUCUAGCAGAGUGACUGUCCAUGGCAAGACUCUCGCAGCUCGUUUCUGGUAUGAUGGCAAGAAUCUCAACAAUGCCAGAGAAGAUGCUGCCGAGUGUGCCGUCAAGUGGUUGACUGGGUCUGAAUCUAGUUCUCCCACCCAGCAAUGGGGUUGGUAGACUUGCGAUGUGGGGUCACUCCUUUUCAUAUGCUUCGCCCACUCAAGCGUCACUAACGUCUACGAAAAUGGUGGUCUGGCCAUUUAUGAACGAAGGAGUUAUCUUUGUUGUGUUAUUAUGAUUUCCUUUUGGUCUUCCCUCUUUCGAAUCAAGCACCUGGAGUUUGGUAACAAAACUUACGAAACGGGGAAGGUUGUGGUCACCACGCACUCAGCGCCUGGAACAACUGACCCCUCGGUCAAGACCUUGGAUUGUAUUUUAUGGGUUGGGUUAGAGGGCGAAAGUCGAAUGUUUCCAUGUAUGACUUGAGGAAAACGGUAGGAUAUGUCGGUUAUUACAGUUCUCGUUUGGUGUUUGACGGAGUCGGUUACACGGAGGGUCUCUACCAAUGAGCCCUCACGUGGAGGUUUACAAAAGCACGUAUGACAGCAGACGGAGACUUUUAGAACUAUACAGUUUGAUUCGGUCCUUUAGUAUUUGAGAUGUUCAGUACUUAAUAUUUACUUGGGAUACCCAAAC